AAUGAAAGUCAAAAUCAUACAUGGCAUGCUGUUGCUUCAUGGACUUGGGAUGCGCAGGAUGAAACGUGUGGGAUUUGUAGGAUGGCGUUUGAUGGAUGUUGUCCUGAUUGUAAACUUCCUGGGGAUGAUUGUCCACUAAUUUGGGGUGCAUGCAAUCAUGCAUUCCAUUUGCAUUGUAUCUUGAAAUGGGUGAAUUCUCAAACCUCACAAGCACAUUGCCCAAUGUGCCGUCGGGAAUGGCAAUUUAAAGGUUGAGAGCACAUAGCACAAUGUAUUUUUUUUUCUGUACAAACUAAGGUAUCUCUGUAAGCAACUGUUGAGAUUAAUCUCAUAAAGUAAUUCAAUGCCAUUUAAGGGCAAUGUAGUUUGAUCAUUUAUAUUGGAUGUAAUGUUUCUGUAUCAGCUAAUGUACUUUAAUAUCCAUAUUGUUUCGAUGUGAUUGAAAUGUGAGUUUCUAAAUUGGCGCAUGUUUGUUUUUUCCACAAAGGAUGAGUGGAAAUA